AUGGACCCUGAGACAGAAGGUCGUGGCACAGAGGAAGAGGCCACAGAUGACAACUGGAUAUCUGUACCAGUGUUGCAUGGAGCCUUUAGCCAGAGAAUAACAAGUUUUGCAGCCUGUCUGACAGGACCAGGCCCAAAGCUUCGACUAGAUUGUCGUUACCAAAAUAUCACCAAUAACCCUCUGCGUUAUGAGAUUACAGUGCAACGUGGACCCGAGCCACAGAUCAUCCGUAGCACCUUAAAACCCAACUAUUUCAGUGAAAAGUACCAUAACAGGGCAAGCAUGCACAUCGAACGAGGACUGGUUCAGCUGCAUCUGGAGCGCUACAAUAUUUCUGACCUUGGGCUGUACACCUGCACUCUAAACAUCCAACAUGACCUGGUGGAUAGACAGUCAAAAACACUAAAUGUCCAGAAAGACAAUGUGGAGAGAUGUGCAGGGAUCAGCACUUUCAACAUUGCCUCUUCUUGGCCACUGGUCCUACUUUUGUCCUUGCCUCUGCUUCAAGCAGGUGGCUUUCUGUACCUUUGA